CGAGCCAUUUCAAUUCUGUUGUUAGAAUUUCAGUGUAAAACCAUCUUUACUAUUUUAUUUAUCUUUUUUUUACUUUUAUGUUUUCGACAACCCUAUUAACAAACAGCAUGUCGACAGUGGCCAGACCUAGUCUGACUCGACUGGACAAAAUCAGAUCUAACCGAAAGAAAUCUGUGACCUAUGCCAAUCCGCCGGUGGUAUUGGUGGCCCAUGAGGACAUCGAUCCUUUGAUGCGCGCGUGGAAAUCCUUCUGCGAGAGCGCAGGCCCAGAAGGCAUCAACAACUCUUUCUCCUACUUACUAGUUCAGCACCCGGAGGUCUACUGGGAGUACUUUAGGAACGCCCCAUCGAUGCCUAUGAUUGACGACUCCUCGAGCGUUGCUGUAAAGCCUUCAUUUCAGAACGGAAAGCUGAAUCGCCACAAUGAAUGCAUUCACAGGGUUCUGGACAGCUGCAUUAAAUUUGCCCUGACCAAUGAUCUGCCUACAAUAGAGAGCACACUCAAGCGACUUGGUGCUUAUCACGCAGAGUUUCACGUGACUGGAUUGCUUGUAUCGAACUUUGAGCAAUGCUUGACAUGGUCUAUGGACAUGGUCGAACCAUCGAUGAGUCCACAUAUACGACAGAUUUGGUGGCGGAUAUUUGAAUACAUCAUUCGUAACAUGGUUCUUGGCAUCAACAACUAUAAUGAUAAGGUAUUGAUGACUGAUCAAAAACUAUAAUGAUAAGGUCAUCAUGGCGUUGACCCACAAGAAAAUUACUUUACACACUAAUAAAUGGUGCGGCGAUUGUCGCCUCUGCGGCGGUCAGGCCCAUAACGAACUAGAGAUGAAGAGAUCAUACAGCACUGGCUCUAUCUCAGACCACAAGUGAUACACUCAAUCAAACAAACGUUUCUCUCAGGUUCAGUUUGCAAUAGCAUUGAAAGGGAACUAAUCGCUUUAAUUUUUUAUUUUUUUUAACAUUAACAAGCACUUAAGGAGAAAUGG